UUAAUUAGGUGUUCUAUAGUAUUUGAUGCAGCAAUGAAAUUUCAGGGGCAUUUAAAGAAGUAGAGAAGGCUUUCUCCUCCUUUCUAUAUAUAACAACGAACAAGACGUCACUGACAAUAAGUGAAUCUAACGAGUCUUCGAUUCGAUGCCGAGAAUGGAGAAGAAGAAGGAAGGAGGCAAGGGCAAGGUCAACGGCGGCAACCUGCUUCUGAAGGGAGGGCGGCGGAAGGGUGACUACGACCACGGUUUCUCGGCGGCGCAGGUGGGGGUGCUUUCUGCGAUGUGCGAGGCCCUUAUCCCUCCCAUGGAUCCGGAGAAGGCCGCCGAUCACGUCGUCGCUGGAGGCAAAGAGGUCAAAGAGGAUCAAGCCCGUCGGAAGUCGAUCGAGGCCUUCUGUCAUGCCUCCGGCGGCGAGGCCCCUGUCCCGGACGAGGUUGCAGAGCUCCUGGUGAAGAGAAGCCCAGCGAAGGCCAUUGUGCUGGUUAAGCUGGUUCUAUUUCUCCUUGCUACGAGACUGGGAACGCUACUCCUCUGUGGAACUCUGUGCUUGUGUUCCAGUUUCCCCUUCGUCCAAAAGUUCUCAGAAAUGGCUUCAGAAAAUAGAGAACAAGUCCUGAAGAAAUGGAACAGGCAGAAGCAUCUUACAUUUCUUAGAAUGGCCUUCGUGCUUCUCAAGGUCUUCAGCCAUUUCACCUUCUACUCUCUGACCGAUGAAGACUCGCAGAAUCUAACAUGGAAUGCAAUUGGAUACAGCAAUGUUAAUGUCUCAACUGAGGAGUCAUCGGAAGAAUCUGAGACAGAGAGGCCGCUGGAGAAAGGAAUCAUAGAAACCAUGCACAAAACAGACUCCUCUCUCCUUCAAUCUCUGAUCCAAAAGGGUUUAAGAGUCACUGAAUCCUCCCACGAUUUCACAGUCGAGUGCGACGCUGUCAUCGUGGGUUCCGGUUGCGGAGGCGGCGUCGCGGCAGCGGUUCUGGCGGCGGCCGGCCACAAGGUCGUGGUGAUAGAGAAAGGCGAGUACUACACGUCAAAAGAUUACACCGGCCUUGAAGGCCCUUCCAUGGCGCAGUUGUACGAGUCCGGUGGAACCAUGAGCUCCGACGAUGGGAACGUGAUGCUUUUGGCCGGAUCGACGGUGGGGGGUGGCACGGCGGUGAACUGGUCCGCCUGCAUCCGGACGCCACCGGGCGUGCUCAGGGAGUGGGCGGAGGAGCACAGGCUUCCUCUAUUCGCGAGCGCAGAGUACGAGUCCACCAUGGACGCCGUUUGUGAGAGGCUCGGAGUCACGGAGAACUGCGUCCGCGAGGGAUUCCAGAAUCAAGUUCUCCGAAAAGGAUGCAAACAUCUCGGUCUCGAAGUCGUUCCGGUGGCAAGGAACUCGCCGAGCGAUCACUUCUGCGGCAGCUGCUGCUUCGGUUGCAGGGCCGGCGAGAAGCGCGGCACAGACACGACUUGGCUGGUCGACGCUGUCAACCACGGCGCAGUCGUCGUCUCUGCAUGCAAAGCCGAACGAUUCAUCCUUGAAAAGGGCAAGAAAGGGAGCAAGAAGAAGAGAUGUUUGGGAUUGAUAGCGGCGAGCAUGAAUGAGGCCAUCACCAAAAAUCUCAAAUUCAAAGCUAAGGUGACGGUCGCGGCCUGCGGGGCCCUCUUCACGCCGCCAUUAAUGGCGGCGAGCGGUCUCACCAACCGCCACAUCGGUAAGAACCUUCACCUCCACCCGGUGGCGCUCGCUUGGGGUUACUUCCCGGAAUCCGUAACCGAUCUCAAAGGCAAGAUCUUCGAAGGCGGGAUCAUCACGUCGCUGCACAAGGUGAAGCCAGGAGUGAUCUUAGAGACGCCGGCUCUUGGGCCGGCGUCCUUCUCCACCGUGUUCCCGUGGGUAUCGGGCCAAGCCAUGAAACAGAGCAUGCUGCGCUACGGUCGCACCGCGCACCUCUUCGCCCUCGUUCGAGAUCGAGGCUCAGGAGAAAUCCAAGCGGAGAAGCGAAUCACGUACGAACUGAACGAGCCCGACAAGGAGAAACUAAAGGGUGGCUUAAGGAUGGCUCUUAGAAUCUUGGUCGCCGCCGGCGCCGUCGAGGUCGGGACGCAUAGAAGCGACGGGCAAAAGAUGAAGUGCAAGGGGGUGAAAGAAGAAGAGCUGGAGGAGUUCUUAGACACGGUGGGAGUCGCCAGCGGGCCGACCGCGAGGGAGGAUGUUUGGAGCAUGUUGUGCUCGGCGCAUCAGAUGGGGAGUUGCAGGAUGGGGGCGACGGAGGACGACGGAGGGGUGGACGAGAAGGGGGAGAGUUGGGAGGCGGCGGGGUUGUUUGUAUGCGACGGGAGUGUGAUUCCGACGGCCAUCGGGGUGAAUCCGAUGAUCACUAUUCAAUCCGUAUCCUACUGCAUCUCGAAGAGGAUCGUGGAGCAGAUGAAGAGGAAUCAUGAAUAAUGUAAUCUUGCAAGAGACAUCAAAAUAUUUUCCAUUUUAAAUAUUUACCCUUGAAGUAAUGAGUGAGCAAUAAACAAAAGUUGACAGUGUAAUCGAGUCGAGCCGAGCCGAACUCUUGAAUGUUUGAGUUUAACUUAUUUAUAAUCCAGCCGAGCUCGAGCUUUAUUUAAUGAAUAU